AUAUUCAUAAUCAUGAUAUGAUAAUGAGAACGUGCGAAAUUAACUUGGAGGGAAACACUAGUGGAAUUGAAUUUUAAAGGAUUAGAAUCAAUCAAACAACUAUCUUUUGUUGAAGGAGUGAUCCCCCGGUAAGGUCAAGAAAUCAAUAAACAUAGAAAAUGGGAGAUUAUUACGAGUAUGAGAGCGAUGAAAAUGAUGAUCAGAAGCAACCAAUUCAUCGCAAAAUCUACCCAAUCUACGGCCGAGACCGCCGGCGCAGUGAAGGGUCGACGUAUCUGGUUGGAUCGUCGGGCGACAGCAGUGGCAGUGCACUGAUGAAUUUCGACAGUGAUUCUCAUUGUGAUCCGAAGGCCCUGCUUCAAGCGGUGGUGUUUGUCGAAGAUGCAGUCAAGUUCCGGAGCAUCAAACACAAGAUAGACCCUUUCUCUCUCUGGUACUAUAGGGUCUACUAUUCCAGGCCAAUUCAAUGGACCCUCUACAUAGCAAUCUUCACAAUCCUGUUUCUAGCAUUCUUCGAGCCCCCUUCCUCCCUCACGACCGGCAACAGCUCAGACCCCCGUUACCGUGGCGACCGCAUCCAUGCACCCUGUGGCGUGACAGAGGGCAUCGAGUUCGUCUGUCUCCUGAUCUUCUUUUACGAUGUCUGCACCAAGAUUUAUUUAAUAGGUCUGUCGGAGUUGAAGAAGAGCAAAUGGCUCGUUGCCUACGUCGUUGUCAUAGCAAUCUCUCUCAUCGAUUGGCUGGUCACAAUCAACUUUGCCUGCAAUGAGCUGUGGAGGGUUCGCCGCUUCCUACGACCCUUCUUCCUCAUCCAGAACUCGCAGUUGAUGAAGAAAACCGUGAGGAGCAUCAAAAACACCAUGCCAAAAGUAGCAAGUGUGAUCCUACUUCUUCUGAUUCACAUCUACUUCUUCACCAUGUUUGGAAUGCUGCUGUUUCCCAGACCUGAGGGCGACGUUAAACCCUCGGAUCUUAAUAACAGGACUGUGGUGAAUCAGACAACAUUGACCGUCAAUGCUUCAAAAAUAGUGGAUUCUAGAAUAUUCCAGGAAGGAUUGCAGCAUUUUGCCAGUAUAGGGGAGUCAUUUUUGAGCCUCCUCGUGCUCCUCACUACGGCAAACAACCCCGAUGUGACCAUGCCUGCUUACCAAAACAACCGAUUCUAUGCUCUUUAUUUCAUCAUCUUUCUUGGUAUCGGUCUUUAUCUUUUCUUCAAUAUGCUUACUGCUGUGAUCUACAAUGAAUUCAGAGGAUAUUUAAUUACGUCAAUGCAGUCAAGUCACUUCCGUAGGAGACUGGGGUUUCAGGCAGCGUUUGAGAUGUUAAGAGCUCAAAUCAGGACGGUCAACGGAAGCAUUGAGAGAUCAACUGUUAGUGUCAGUGUGGUAAAAUCUGUUGUUCUCCAAGCUAGUAUACCAGAGUCAGCUAAAAAGACUAUUUUAACAGAGUUAGAUGCUAAUAUUGGCGGAGUAAUCACAUCAUCUGAGUUCCAAAGACUGUUCGAUUGUCUGGAUCAUCAAGCAGACGGAGAUGAGACUCCAAGUCCUAGACUAAUAACCAGACCAAGACUACGGAAACUCCAAGCCUUCGUCGUUCAUCGUUUCUUUGGUUACUGCGGAACAGCUGUGGCUGUUGUAAACAUCGUAUUUAUUAGUAUUGAGAUCUCUACGCAGUACAAUAGGAGCCUUUAUCACAGUGAUUCGGAAUUGACAAAGUUCAACAUAGUUUUCAUCAUCUAUUAUUGUAUAGAACAGAUGCUGAAAUUUUGGGCUCUCGGCUGGAGGUGUUUCAAAUCUUCUAUAACCAACGUCCUUGAUGCCCUCUUCACAGCUGUCUUACUAGUAGCAGAGAUAUUAUAUCUUUCGAUGGAAGGAUCUCAAACUUUUCCAGAUAACACCAUUGGCUAUGCAAUGUACGAUCUUGUCAGGAUAAUAAACAUUCUUAUCACCUUCCGGCUUUUCAGGAUUGUUACACAUUUUAAAACCAUGGCCAUUGUGAUUAGUACGAUGCUGGAUCUGGUUAGAAAUCUACGAGCCUUUCUUGGCAUCCUAGUGGUAAUCUACUAUGUGUUUGCAAUCCUUGGAAUGGAAAUCUUUCGGGAUCAGAGCCCACAACCCCCUAAUAUCACAGACAUCACUCAAAUACCAAAGUGUGGGACCUAUGAGCAGCUGAAUUACUAUGCAAACAAUUUUGAUGAUUUCGCCUCGGCCAUUGUUGUCCUGUGGGACAUCAUGGUUGUAAAUAACUGGCAUGUCUUCCUGGCAGCCUACUCGCAAACAGUUAAUAGAUGGUCCCAGAUGUAUUUCAUUGCCUGGUACUUUACAUCGGUAUUAGUUUGCCUCAAUGUAUUUACUGCAAUCAUUCUAGAGAACUUCAUCACAUCCUGGGAUCGAAGCCAGAAGAGGCAACAGCAAUCUUUAGAAGAGGGCAAUAGACCUACAGCUUAUCUAAUGUCUGUACAUACUAUGUUUAGGGACGAUCUCCAAGAACCUACUGAGAGUGAACUCCUAGAUGAGAUCUUCAAGCAUCCUCAUAUACAAAACCUGCGCUUUUGAGACCAUCCCUUAGUCAGUGUUUUGUCAAUUUCCUUGCCGACUCAACCCCAUGGCAGUCAUAACCAGUAUCUUCUUUUAUAUAAAGUAAGGACAAAAAUCAACCAAAGAUGUAAGAACUGCAUGUGGAUAUAUGAUGGUGGUGAAUUUUUACCUGAUUACCAAAUGCUUGUAAAUAAGCAACCAGAGGAUUGACAGCUUGUGUCCUCUCCAAGGGACCUGGUAAUGAGGAUCAAUGCAUUACCAAAGGACACUAGCGCACCUAUUGGAAAACCAACCCGGGUCACCGGAAUCCGAAACCCCUGCUCUACCGACUGAUCUAUCACGUAUAACCCACCCAUUCAUGUGGAAUGGUUUUGAGGUGCUAGGUUCUAAGAGAACAGAGUGAAAUGGUUCAUGAAACGAUGUAAGUUGAAGAUGUACAAGUCAACAGUCAAUUUGGUGGAACUGUUACAACCAAAAAUAUGGGCAGAUUACAGAUUGAUCAUGACUGGUUUUCUUCUGGGAUCGCUGAGGUUAUCUCUUACAUUCAAGAAUUCUAACAUUUAGUAGAGGUGCGGAUGAUGACCUUCCCGCUUCUUGAGCACCUACAUACCCUGAGGCCAAAUUGAAGUCGAAAGACAGAAACUACAAUGUACAUAGGAUGGAGAGCUUUGAACAGUAACCUGCUCCUUAACCCAAGGAUGUUCCUAUCCAGGCAACUGCCACUCAACCUCAACAGGGAUUUGGCUCCUGUGUAAUUUGAAUGACUGUAUCACAGAAUUGUGAUAACCCCAUUGGAUAUGUGUGUGCUUAAGAAUUGCAUUCACCAGUAAUGGUAAUGGCCGCCUGUGUGAGCAAAUGCUGACCUUGCCAGAGACUUCCAAAGACUAAUAGGGUGAUGGAUGCAUUUGACAAUCUUAUCAGAGAUAUGUUGUCUUUGGUUGAUCGUUCUUGAUGGAUAUUUGUCUACUCACCCUGGGAUAUUGUGUGAUUCUACAGAACAUGCUGCAUUCUGGGACUCGUGGGCAGGAAUGUAGCAAAGUAACCACAACAAACUUUUCUUCAGUCAACAGGUGAUAUGCCUCUCAUUUAUACCUUGCAUCAGACAUCUAUGAUGUCUCUGAGUGUCUUACAAGGAUAUCGUCAGCACUGACAAUUGCUUCAGGCUUGUCUGUAUGGACUGGAUUUCUGGAUUUAUACCAUGGUCUAUACAUCUAUGAUGUCUCUGGGUGUCUUACAGGAAUAUCAUCAACCCUGUCAGCUGCUGGAAAUGUGUCCAGAUGGGCUGGAUGCUAAUGCUCUUGAAGAUUUAUUCCGUGCUUCAUAGCUAUAUGAUGUCUCUGAGCGUCUUACAAGAAUAUCAUCAACCCUGCCAUUGGCUUCAGGCUUAUCCUAGUGGAAUGCAUGCAUUUUCGUGCUCCUACUGGAGCUCUCCAUCCAAGUGCCAUGAACAGAUGCAGGUGCCAUAGAUCCUUCAAUCUACGCAAGGAGGUGGUCAUCAGGAAUCAAGAUAAUGCUGCACUUCUGGAUCUACUUUGUAUGAAGAAUCUAGGAUUUUAAACAUACUAUGGAUUUUCACAACAAUGCAGAUAAUGGUGAAUACCAUGAGCAAGGUCAAAGUUCAUAUAAGGUUCAAGUACAGUCAAAAGUUCAAGCAAGGUCAGACGAGGACUGCAGUUCAGAUUCCUUGUGCAAGGCUGAUUUGAAGAAAUUUCAGGUGGGAUUCAAAUGCAUGCCAAAGCUGAAUUUCUUCAAUUUUCUUAAAGUUCUAUUUUAGAAGUUCUAAUAUGUUGGCUGUUCCCGUGUUGAGUUCAUUUCAAUAGUUCUUACCAAAGUGCUAUUUUUUAAAUAGUUUGAGUUGAAUGUUCAUAUUUAUACAGUCAACUCUGCAUACUCAUAUUUGAUGAUUAAAAUAGAAAGAUCCCUUGAUUAACUAGUCUGAAGUGAAGCAAAACGUAAACAAAGCAAAGAAAGAAAACACAAAAAGAAAUAUAAAUGUGAAGAUGAAGAUGAAUAAAAAAUGUUACAUGAAUUUAAUAAAAAGAACAGAUUGGUAAAACUUUAAACAAAAUUUAAUAUCAUAAAAUGUCAUAUAUAUAUUUGAAAAUUGGGGAUGGCUUCUUCCUCCCCAUCUCCAAUGAAUUUGCAGUCCAUCAUUCUUACAUUUUUCAUUUUUAUUUUUUAAUUCAUCGUUGUUUUGAUGAGAGCAGAGUUGACAGUAGUUGAAUUGUUUUGCUUUUCUUUUGUAAAACAAAAAAAUCAUUUCCUCAAAGUGUUUGUCUUUUUUUGUCGAGACAUCUUCAGCACAAAUUAGCAUUCUUCAGCUCGCUCUGAUACUCUAAUACCCAGGGGUGAUAUUUUUAGUGCAUUUUAUAUCUUCUGUAGGUAUAUUUUUGUACAAUAGCAAAUGGUAUUCUGAUAAUUUUUUUAAUGCUGUUUUAUAACUGUACUUUCAUUUUUGAAAUAACUUUAAUUUGAAUCAAAUCAAACUUAUUCCACCAUACAUGCCCAAAUGUUUUGUUCUGGGUUUUAGAGUGUCGAGAGUAUAGUCAAAGAAUGCUAACUCACUUUAUUUUUGUCAGUGUCAUCUUUUCUUAACUUCAUUGUUAAUUAAUGCAUUUACUAACUGAUGAGUUAAAAUUUAUUGGAAAUUGUUAUACUUACAAAGUAUUCUAUCCCAAUUACUAUGUGGCUGGUAUUCUGAUUGUCAUGGUUUAGUUAAACCUAGGUUAUUUAGACUGUAAUUUUAUGGAGUGCCAGUUGUCAACUUAUUCACUGAUUAAAAUUUUUUCCUAUCCUUCUUCAAAAAGUUGUCAAAUUUAAUAAAGAUUUGAAAUGGGAAGAAUAGGAAAAUGCAAAAUUUUUAUGAAUUCUAAUUUAUUACGUGUUACAUUAUAAUUGUCACAAAUGUGGAAGAAAUAUUAUGAGGCCAGCAUUCAAUAGAGAAGUGGUUUUU